GGUGUCCACUAAUUCUUCGCGUUGUAAUUCAGUUCACUCCUCUCUGUGUACUUGCCUUGUUUAUUUGCUUAAUUCGUGGAUAUCCCAACGGGAGACCCAAAAUGGCUCACCGGUUUUGUUUUCAUUUACCUCAUUUCUCGCCCACUGAGACUUAAAGCGGCUUGCAUCCUUCUCCUCUACGCCCGCUCAUCCUCACGACAGCCCUGUGAGGUUCUGUGGUGCGUUCCUGGUUAACGAUGGCGAAGCUUCAGAGCAAAGAUCCCGGUUUAAAGGAGAAAUUUAAAAAUCUCCUGGGAUUCGGGCAGUCCCGGCCUAAUUCCAAGUCUUCAGAAGGGAAGCAGACAGAAUUCAUCAUCACUGCAGAGAUACUCAAGGAACUAAGCAUAGAAAGCGGCUUGAACAAUCGGAUACGGGCAAUCGGCCAGAUCUGCGAGGUAGCAAAAACGAAAAAGUUUGAAGAGCAUGCAGUAGAAGCAAUCUGGAAAGCAGUGGCCGACAUGCUGCAGACGGAUCGACCUCCUGAGGCCCGGCAUGCUGUGCUGCACCUGCUGAAGGCAGUCAUUCAAGGACAGGGCGAGAGGCUGGGGAUACUCCGCGCUCACUUUUUCAAAGUGAUCAAGGAUUACCCUUCCAACGAAGACCUGCACGAGCGGCUGGAGGUUUUCAAGGCUCUCACGGAUAACGGAAGAUACAUCAUGUACUUGGAGGAGGAAUUGGCUGAAUUUGUCCUGCAGUGGAUGGGCGUGGGCCUGACGUCUGAGUUCUUGCUCGUGCUGGUCAACUUGGUCAAGUUCAACAGCUGCUACCUGGACGAUUACGUUGCCGACAUGGUCCACAUGAUCUGCCUCUUGUGCUUCCAGACCUCAUCUGCAGUGGACAUAGAGGUCUCCCUCCAAGUCCUGGACGCCGUGGUGUGCUAUAACUGCCUGCCCUCGGAAACCCUCCGCGUCUUUAUCAUCACCCUGUGCCGGACCAUCAAUGUGAAAGAGCUCUGCGAGCCUUGCUGGAAGCUCAUGCGCAACCUGUUGGGCACUCACUUGGGUCACAGCGCCAUUUACAACAUGUGCCGGAUCAUGGAAGACAGGGCUUACAUGACGGAUGCGGCGCUGCUGAGAGGAGCCGUGUUCUUUGUGGGAAUGGCCCUGUGGGGCGCACACCGGUUGCAGUCGCUCAAGAAUUCGCCCACAUCCGUGCUUCCCUCUUUUCUGAAGGCCAUGACCUGCCCAAAUGCCAUCGUGUCUUAUGAAAUCGUGCUGUCCAUUACGAGGCUGAUCAAGAAGUACGGGAAAGACCUGCAGGCGGUCACUUGGGACAUCUUGCUGGACAUCAUUGAGCGGUUACUUCAGCAGCUGCAGACCUUGGAGAGCCAGGAGUUGAAAUCCAUCGUCCAUGACCUGCUGACCACGGUGGAGGAGCUGUGCGACCACAACGACUUCCACGGCUCCAAGGAGAGAUACUUUGAGCUAGUGGAAAGAUGCGCAGAUCAGCGGCCGGAGUCUUCCGUUCUGAAUCUGAUCACCUACCGAGCCCAGUCCAUCCACCCUGCCAAGGACGGCUGGAUCCAUAAGCUGCAGGGGCUGAUGGAGCGGUUCUUCAGAAACGAGAAUCGGAGCGCCGUCCGCAUCAAAGUUCUUCACGUCUUGUCUUUUGUUUUAAGUGUCAACAGGCAGUUUUAUGAGGAGGAGCUGAUUAACCUGGUGGUCAUCUCACAGCUGGCCCACAUCCCAGAGGACAAAGACCACCAAGUCCGCAAACUGGCCACCCAGCUGUUGGUGGAUCUGGCCGAGGGCUGCAACACCCACCAUUUCAACAGCUUGCUGGACAUCAUAGAGAAGGUGGCUUCCCACUCCUUGCUGCCUCCGCCAGAACUGGAGGAGAGGGACCUGCUCCCCUACUCAGCCUCUUUGGAGGACGUGAAGACGGCCAUGCUGGGCCUCCUGGUCAUUUUCCAGACGAAGCUGUACAGCUUGCCGGCCAGCCACCCCGCCCGCGUCUACGAGAUGCUGGUCCUACACAUUCAGCUGCACUAUAAGCACAACUACCGUCUCCCCAUUGCUAGCAGCAUCAGACUACAGGUCUUUGACUUCCUGCUCCUGCUCCGUGCCGAUUCUCUCCACCGGCUGGGCCUGGCCACCAAAGACGGCCUCGUGAGGUUCAGCCCCUACUGCCUCUGCGGCUUUGUGGAGCCGGAGAAGAAACCAGCGGCCGCCCUCUCCCCUCCCUCGGGCAGUCCCAGCCUGCCCCCUCAGAGCACUGCUCUCCGGAUCGGCCACCUGCCCUACUCCCUGCUCUUUGGGGUCAUCUUGCAGUGUCUGAAGCAGGAGACCGACUGGAAGGUGCUGAAACUGGUUCUGAACAAGUUGCCCGAGUCGCUGCAGUGCAAAGUGUUGUACUUGACCUCUCCGUGCAGCGUCGAUCAGCUGUCGUCCGCGCUCUGCUCCAUGCUUACAGACAAAAAGAUGGCGGAGCGGCUGCGGGGCACCCCAGAAGGAUUCUCCCGCAACGAUUUGCACCUGGCCAUGGUUCCCGUCCUGACUGCUUUGAUCUCUUACCACAGCUACCUGGACAAAACCAAGCAGCGAGAGAUGGUGUAUUGCCUGGAGCAUGGUUUGAUCUACCGCUGUGCCAACCAGUGCGUCGUGGCGCUCUCUAUCUGCAGUGUCGAAAUGCCCGACAUUAUCAUCAAGGCCCUGCCAGUCCUGAUUGUCAAACUGACUCACAUUUCAGCAACAGCCAACAUGGCUAUUCCUCUCCUUGAAUUUCUUUCAACUCUGGCACGACUGCCUCACCUCUACAGGAACUUUGCAGCCGAGCAGUACGCGAGCGUCUUUGCCAUCUCCCUGCCCUACACAAACCCCUCCAAGUUCAACCAGUACAUCGUCUGCUUGGCGCAUCAUGUGAUCGCCGUGUGGUUCAUCAAGUGCCGCCUUCCCUUUCGGAAAGACUUUGUGCCAUUCAUCACCAAGGGUUUGCGGUCAAACGUCCUCCUCUCCUUCGACGACACCCCGGAGAAGGACAGCUUCCGGGCCCGGAGCACGAGUCUGAACGAAAGACCCAAGAGUAGUUUUAAAAUAGCCAAAAAUGCCCGGCUGAGCUUGAAUAGCUCCCCGCCCGUGAAAGAGCUGAAAGAGUCCUCCGCAGCCGAUGCCUUCCGUUCCCGCAGCAUCAGUGUGUCUGACCAUGCAUCCCGCAGCCGGAUCCAGACCUCCCUCACCAGCUCUAGCCUGGGCUCUGCCGACGAGAACUCGAUGGCCCAAGCAGACGACAGUUUGAAAAACCUCCACUUGGAGCUCACGGAGACCUGCCUCGAUAUGAUGGCGCGCUACGUCUUCUCGAACUUCACGGCUGUGCCCAAAAGGUCUCCAGUGGGCGAGUUCCUCCUGGCAGGAGGGAGGACCAAGACGUGGCUGGUGGGCAACAAGCUUGUGACCAUCACGACGAGUGUCGGUACAGGGACGAGAUCGCUCCUGGGCCUGGACUCUGUAGAACUGCAGAGCAGCACUGAGGCCAGCUUGGAUCCCGUUUUGCAAGUGAGGCAGACGAAGGAGGCCCCGGCCAAACUGGAGUCGCAAGCUGGCCCACAAGUGGUUCGAGGAUCCCGCAACAGAGUCAGGUCAAUGUCUGGUGGCCACGCCUUGCGGGUUGGCGCAGUUGAUGGCUCCGCUCCCCACUUCCCUGUCAGCUCGGUGCCCCAAGGGCCACAAAGUUCUCCUGCCUCUCGGAUGGAAAAGGCUGCUCCUGGUGCUCAGGCACCUCUGCAGAAAGAGAAGGCCAACCUGGCUGCGUACGUCCCUCUGCUGACCCAGGGCUGGGCAGAAAUCCUGGUCCGGAGGCCCACAGGUAACACCAGCUGGCUGAUGAGCCUGGAGAAUCCGCUCAGCCCUUUCUCUUCCGACAUCGACAACAUGCCCCUGCAGGAGCUGUCCAAUGCCCUGAUGGCGGCUGAGCGCUUCAAGGAGCACCGUGAGACUGCCCUCUACAAGUCCCUCUCGGUGCCCUCCUCCAGUUUGCCCACAGGCACCUCCAAACCCUCCCUCCUGCAGCGAUCCAACACAGUGGCCUCUUUCUCUUCCAUGUACCUGACCAGUUCUCAAGAAAGGCUGCACAGGAGCAUAUCCUGGGCAGAGUCGUCCAUCGUCCCGGAAGAAGGGAGCCCGCCGGCAGCAGACUUGAAAGAAGGGGAGUUCCCGUCAGAAUCUCAAGAGAUCGAGGACUUCGAACCCGUGUGUCUGGAUCACGUUGUGGGCCAAGAGAAGUCCGGCAAAGCCCCUGGGAUGUACAGCAGGUCCUCCUCCACAUCUAGUCAAGAGGAGAAAGCUCUGAAGCCAGAAGACCUGGAGUCCGUCGGCAUCCCCAUCGAGAGGGCCGGGAACCUGGAAGACAGCCGGGCUCUGAAGGCUCUCUGCUUCCAGCCCUCCCAGCCGCUCAGCAAGUCCAGCUCCUCCCCAGAGCUCCAGACCCUCCAGGAAGUCCUCAAAAGCAGCAACGGCGAAGAAGCAGCUGGCAAGCUGAGCAGUGAAGGGAAGUCCAAGUCCCAGUCGGGCAGCCUGGAAGGGGAGGCGGCAGGCAGCUGGCUGGGGAGAGGGGAGGAGGACAGGAGCCCAGUGGCCGCACGGCUGGACAACGGGGGCCCUGCCUCUUCUCCCCGCUCUCCGAGCGGCCACCGCCCUCGAGGGUACACCAUCUCUGACUCGGCACCCUCCAGGAGGGGCAAGAAGAUGGAGAAGGACCCCUUCAAAGGCAGGGCCGCAGCCUCCAAUGCAGAGAAGGUUCCAGGUAUCAACCCCAGCUUUGUGUUCCUGCAGCUGUAUCACUCCCCUUUCUUUGGCGAUGGAUCCAACAAGCCCCUCUUGUUACCCAACGAGACCUUUGAGAGGUCAGUGCAGCUCCUGGACCAGAUUCCACCGUACGACACCCACAAGAUCGCAGUGCUGUAUGUUGGAGAAGGCCAGAGCAACCAGGAGCUGGCCAUCCUGUCCAACGAGCACGGCUCCUACCGCUACACAGAGUUCCUGACGGGCCUGGGCAAGCUGAUCGAGCUGAAGGACUGCCAGCCGGACAAGAUCUACCUUGGUGGCCUGGACGUGUGUGGGGAGGACGGGCAGUUCACUUACUGCUGGCACGACGAUAUCAUGCAAGCCAUUUUCCACAUUGCCACUCUGAUGCCCACCAAAGACCUGGACAAAUAUCGCUGCGACAAGAAGCGGCACCUGGGGAACGACUUUGUCUCCAUCAUCUACAACGACUCGGGGGAAGACUUCAAGCUGGGAACCAUCAAGGGCCAGUUCAACUUUGUACACGUGGUUAUCAAGCCGCUGGACUACAACUGUAACCUGAUCACACUGCAGUGCCGGAAAGACAUGGAAGGGCUUGUGGACACCAGCGUGGCCAAGAUCGUGUCAGACAAGAACCUCUCGUUCGUGGCCCGCCAGAUGGCCCUGCAUGCCAAUAUGGCGUCUCAAGUCCAUCACAGCCGCUCCAACCCCACAGACACGUACCCGUCCAAGUGGAUCGCCCGUCUGCGCCACAUCAAGAGGCUUCGACACAGAAUCCGAGAAGAAACCCAGUACCAAACGUCCGGCUUCCCCACCAUCCACCCUCCUGUGCCCACCAAAGUUUCUGCCCACGCUGCCCAGGACUCCAUGCCCUCCUACGAGACGGGGCAAAGGAAACGGCUCAUCUCCUCGGUGGACGACUUCACGGAAUUUGUGUGAGGUCAGAUCUGCCCCUUCUCUGUCCUCUCUGUUUGUAUAUCUACCCAAGUGGGCCUGCGCGGUAUGGAAUCCUUUUUUUUUCUCCUUCGGGCUGGUGACCGUGGGGUUGCUGCAAAGAGAAGAUUCUGUUUUUGGCAACAAAAAACCCCCCAAACACACACCUUCCCUUCCGCAACGGCAGCCUGACCUCUCCUUGCGUUGCAACCCUUGACUGCCAACAAGUUUUGAUUUGCUGUCUGUUGUUUGGAAGACCGCUGCCUCGUCACCGUGUGCCGUCAGUAUUCUCCGGAGAGGGGGAAGUUGUUGCCAUUCCUUUCAUCUUUGGUUGUCCUAAACUUUUUGGGAUAAGCCUCACUUGUAAAUAGAAGUGGAACUGUAUGGAAACAAGGAAGGUGUUUUCUUCACCCUGAAUGGGGGACUCAGUGAACUCCAAAGGACUCUGCGAAGUUUCUGUAGGCCAUCUACUUGAUGGGGGGCAGGGGGUCUCCAGACACAUAUGUUUGGUUUGCCUUCUGCGAAAGGAGGUCAGCAACUGGCGAACGGGUGGGUUGGGGGAUGGCAUUUGGAUCUGCAAGCCCCCCUGUUGAGACAUUUGCCCUCUGAGGCUCCCAGAGCUUAUGAAAGUUGAUUGACACCCACCCACACACACACCCAUGCAAAGAGACAUUGGGCCCUAUCCAUAAGAUUUUGCUUGUCCUACCAACAGGUAAGCGAAGAGAACAUGGCAAAGAGUUGCGGGAGAGCACAUCCACCCCCUUUUCCUUUCGUUCUUAGCCUUUGCUUGGCAAAGAGAAGCGGGAUACUCAGCGUGUCCAAUCAAUGCUCGGCUUGCCCACGCAGCCCAGACAGGUCUUGACGGAACAGGAGCAUCAUCACUGGCUGCAGGGCAGAGUCAUUUUGGAGUGGCUGCAUCCCCUGUGCACCUGGCAAGGCUGCAUCUUCUUUCUGAUUUGGAUGAAUGACAGAGCAGUUGGUGCCUAGCCAUACGGCAUGUGUGUGUGUGUGUGUGGGGGGGGGGGUGUAUCACUGCAAUCUCUGGCCUUCUCUUUGCCUGUUUGCUGAAAUCUGAAUUGCGCUGGGUGUCAUCCAUCGACCACCAGCCCUCUUUUCCAUGGGGCUUGGGGUGGUGGGGAGUGAAUGUUGCCAUAGCAGACCCUUGGGGCAGGGUGAGGUUUCCCCUCGUGGCUGGAAAAGCCGCUCCUCAGAGGGGAAGCAGCAGUCCUCUUCUAUGGGUCAAGGUGUCCUUCCGGUCCGUUAUGUCUGUGUUGUUUGGCAAAUGUUGUUCAAAAAGCGUGCAAUGGAAUAAAGCAUUUGUAUGCCUUCCUGGCUUCUGGUUGACCGAAGGCUGCUUCA